ACUAAUGUUGGUUUAUUUCUUUGUUUUGUAUUAUUUUUUAAUCAUCCAAAAAAUUACAUGGACGCAAAUAAGCGAUGUUUAAAGUUUAAAGUCCCCCAAGCUAAACGUGAAUGUAUCCCACCCUGUCUAACCCCUCCCCAUCCAGCCGACCGUCUGCUAGAUUGACGAGUAAUGGUGGUGGGGGGUGGGGGGGGUCCGCCUAGCGGGCAGCGGCACCACCACGCGCCGCUGCGCUGAUGCACGAGGCUGGUCGCUGACCUUGGUGCUGAAGAAAAAGACUCCAGAGAAGCGGCGCGAGCGGCUUUAAAACUUCUAGCCUCGGUGCAUCCGAUUGUUCAUAUAGUGGUCGAAUCUUGUUUUGAGCGUUUCGAUUAUUCGACUUUUUUUUUUUUGUAUUUUUAAUUCUCUCUUCUGAAGCAAAUAUCAGAUCUGCGCGUGCACACAGAGAUACCGAGAUGGGAACUCCCGCGAGCGCCAGGAGCGAGCUGUUCUUCAUCACUAAGAAGACAGAACCACGCCACUUCUGAUUUUUUAUAUAUCAAUUCAGGCGUUUUUUUAUCUUCUUCCUUCCAGCGAGCCUCGUCCUUUUCUGAAGACCAGUCAGUCGAACCGUCGGUUCGGUUUUGCCUUCGAUCUUCUGAUCUUCGGAUCUUCUCUCACAUCUGCACGCGCCCUGCACGACAUGUCCGACCAGCUCGCUACGUGAGAUGCCUCUAUAACGCCAAAAACAAGAAAAACAACCAAAAAAAAGAGAGAGAGAAAUAGAGAGAAAGGAGCGAAAACAAAAGCGCAGCGGGGGAUUAUUACAAUCUGAACAUGGAUACUCCGAAGGAGCCCGGUUUUACCCCGAGUAAAGAGGGUCUGAGGCAGCUGGCGGGGAAGACCCUCGGACAUGUCUACAAGGCGAUGGAGAGGCGCCAGAAGCCCGGGGAGAGUAUCGAGCUGACGGAGGACGGACGUCCCGCCCAGAGAAGCGAGCGAAAGACGCCUCUGUGCGACUGCACGUGCUUCGGGCUCCCGCGCCGCUACAUCAUCGCCAUCAUGAGCGGCCUGGGCUUCUGCAUCUCUUUCGGCAUCCGCUGCAAUCUGGGCGUGGCCAUCGUCAGCAUGGUCAACAACAGCACCAUCCACGAAAACGGCAAAAUCAUCAUCAAAGAGAAAGCUAAAUUUAACUGGGACCCUGAGACCGUGGGGAUGAUUCACGGCUCAUUUUUCUGGGGGUAUAUUGUUACCCAAAUCCCCGGGGGCUACAUAUCCUCCAGAUUAGCGGCCAACAGAGUUUUUGGGGCGGCCAUCGUUCUUACCUCGACCCUCAACAUGUUCAUCCCCUCAGCUGCCCGGGUCCAUUACGGUUGCGUCAUCUUCGUGAGGAUAUUACAGGGGCUGGUGGAGGGAGUGACCUACCCAGCCUGCCAUGGAAUCUGGAGUAAAUGGGCUCCACCUCUGGAGAGGAGUCGUUUGGCCACCACUUCCUUCUGUGGUUCCUAUGCUGGAGCUGUCAUCGCUAUGCCUCUGGCUGGAAUCCUGGUGCAGUACACUGGCUGGUCCUCUGUAUUUUAUGUCUAUGGGUGUUUUGGUCUUGUAUGGUACAUGUUCUGGAUCCUCGUGUCGUAUGAGAGUCCAGCAGAGCACCCGACCAUCACUGAUGAAGAGCGCUGCUACAUAGAGGAGAGCAUCGGAGAGAGUGCUAAGCUGCUGGGCCCUGCAGAGAAAUUCAAGACGCCCUGGAGACAGUUCUUCACCUCCAUGCCUGUCUAUGCAAUCAUCGUGGCCAACUUCUGCAGGAGCUGGACCUUCUAUCUGCUGCUCAUUAGCCAGCCGGCAUACUUCGAGGAGGUGUUUGGUUUCGAGAUCAGCAAAGUUGGCAUGCUGUCAGCCCUUCCUCAUCUGGUGAUGACCAUCAUUGUGCCCAUUGGAGGGCAAAUAGCGGAUUACCUGCGGAGUAAGAACCUCAUGUCCACCACCAACGUCAGGAAGAUCAUGAAUUGUGGAGGCUUUGGUAUGGAGGCCACUCUGCUGCUAAUUGUGGGAUACUCUCACAGUAAAGGAAUGGCCAUCUCGUUCCUAGUGCUAGCUGUGGGCUUCAGUGGCUUUGCAAUAUCAGGUUUUAAUGUCAAUCACUUGGACAUCGCUCCACGUUAUGCCAGUAUUCUUAUGGGCAUCUCAAAUGGAGUUGGAACUCUAUCAGGCAUGGUGUGUCCUCUGAUCGUAGGAACAAUGACCAAAAACAAGACCAGAGAAGAGUGGCAGUAUGUGUUCCUCAUCGCCUCUAUGGUGCAUUACGGCGGUGUCAUCUUCUACGGAAUUUUUGCUUCAGGAGAAAAGCAGCCGUGGGCCGACCCGGAGCUGACCAGCGAGGAGAAGUGCGGCUUCAUCGACGAAGACGAGCUGGCUGAGGAGACCGGGGACAUCACCCAAAGCUACGGGGCCCUGGGGGGCCCGGCCAAGUCGUACGGGGCCACCACACAAAUGAACGGAGGAUGGCCGGACGGCUGGGAGAAAAGAGAAGAAUAUGUACAAGAGGGAGUGGAUGAGGGAGGGUAUGGCUACAGGCAGGGUGGGGAUUACUCCUAGACCAAUACAUAGACAUAAACACACACACACACACACAGACAUACACUUACUUAACACACACACACACACACAAAAUACUACACAAUGUGACUACACAAACAUGCACACAUGAACAUUGUAGACUUAUUUUGUAGUGAUUGUGAGUUCUAAUAAAAAGAGUGCAGAAUUACUUAUUAUUAAGUUGUACAAAGAAUACUACAAAUAUAAAAAAAAUACACAUUGUCGUAUGUUUGCACAAGAUAAAAUAAUCAGAAAUCUAGGUAUAUUAAGAAUAAUUAAAAGAAUAAAUAUAUAUAUGAAUCGAUAUACAAUAAUGAUAUAUAAAUAUAGAACUAAUCGAAUAAUUCAUAUAAUAAUACAUAUCAAAUUGGCAGAUUGUAAAUGUAAAUUUAUGUACGUCUGUGUGAAAAAAAUAACAACAAGAGUGAAUUUAUUUCAAGUGCAAUCAUAUGUAACGUUGUAAAGCUGAUAUUUCCACCUCAUUUUCUCAUUCCGUAGGGUUAGUUUAGUUGCUGGUGUUCAGAACCAUCGUGAUUCAUUAAGGCUUGAAUAAGAAAAUUUGUUCAGAGCCAAAGCCAGCUGUUGAGCAACCCAUGUAAACCUGAACCAAGACACUGGGACCUGGUUCAAACCUGGCAUUAACAUGGAACAGUUCACCUGGGUGAUCUGAUCAUGCAGUAAGUGGACAGAUGCAUCGUAAUCCAGUCACUGAAACAAACGAUUCUCUUUCGAAUGUGAACGGAAAAACGUAUUGAUACAUCCCUCACUGCAAAGCUCACUGACCUGCCAGAACAUACAGUAUACAACAUACAGCGAGAUCAUACCGUCCACUGUCCUUGGGGGUUAGCUGAGCAACACUAUCUACAGUAACAAGCUAAUGGAUGAAUAUAAAUGUGAUAUUAAUGGCUACAAGCUGCCUCAUCUGGAUUUAUGCUGAGGACUCCAUGUACAGAAAACUGGAGGACCAAUCUUACCACAAACCCAAGGCUAUGCAGGAAUGGAUACAGUAUCUUGCAAUCAUUUGUGACCAGAUCACCCAGAAUCCACAUUAAUGCCAGGUGUGAACGGGUCCUGAAACUGUUUUUCUGUUCGGAUUGCACUGCGAGAGUUGUACUGUGUAAAUGCACAAAACCGUGCGUCUCCUUCUAAUCCAUGAUGUGUUACUCAUUCAUCGUAGAUGUAAUGUUUCUGUGAGACUAAAGGGGAUUUGGGUCUUUGACACCUUAUUUAAGAGCACAGUCAUAUUUCCAUAGAGAACAAACUAGACGUAGCAUUGUGUUUUUCACGGAUUCGUGAUUCGGCUUGUGGAUGUUUAAAAGAUGAUUGACAAAUGUGAGGUUAAUUCUGAGGGUUUGAGCUAUUAUCUUGGUGCAACUGAUUCACAAGGCUGUGAAUUAAGAGUUCAGGUUGGGUUGAAUCUUGGGUUAAAGAACACUUUUGCUGCCUUCAAGUUUCAAGGUUGUUAGUUUGUACUUAUGAUUUUUGGAGCUCGUUAAAAGAUUGAGUAAGUGAUUUCUGAGAUAUACCAAGGAAGUAUAUCUAAAAAUAUUGCAAAAAAAAAGAACAAGAAACAAACAAAGAAAAAGCAUAAAGUAAGAAGCAUUAAGCGAAGGUUAGUGCUAUUAUUUCCCAGCACUUUAACUUUUUUUUUUUUUUCAUUUUUACUUAGUUUUUUUUAGUUUUUUUUCACUCCUUAACAGGCCAGGAUUUUUGUCAAUUGUCUGCCUGACACUACAACCAUAAAUCUUGAGGAUUUCUAGUCAAACAUUACAUAAAAAGCUUUUUAUAUUUGAUAAGGAACAUUACUAAAAGCAUAAUUGUAAUUGUAAUAGAAAAUAUAAAACAAAUAUUUAAAUAAAUCUGCUAAUGUCAAAAAAUAUUGAAUUAAAUCAUUAAAUUGGCUCUUUUUUGAACUUCAUUUUAAAAUCAAUAUUUUCCUGAAUACAAAUCAAACAGUUCAUGUCCUACAAACAUUUUGUAGGAUGUUCAUUUUGUUCAUUUGUUUAGUUUUUGCAUCUAUUUUCAAAUUUGCAGAAUUUGGGUUUGAUUCCUGUUACUAAUCUGGGAUUAUUAGGUGGAGCCCAAGUGUCCUACAGUAGAUUUCAAACCCCUCAAAUGUUUAGAAUGUAAAUAAGUUAUUUUACUACAGAAAUAAAGAGUUUUGUAUCACCUACACCUGUAGCCUGUAUACAAGACAAGGCAUGUUAAGGGAUUGAGCACCAAAUUGUUAUCCACACACCUUAAAUCAGAAAGUCUUGUUUUCCAUUCGUACAUAUGAAUUUGUGUUGUUUAAAUCAUAAUUACGAUGCUUCUGAGAUGACUUGAAGGCAGCAUUAUUUGUAGGUGUUCUCAGUAUGCUCAUGCAUUCUUAUUAUUAGAGUUAUGAGGGAAAUAAGCUCACUCUGUGGAAGACGAUACAUCACACCAAGCCAGUCCAGAACACAUCAAGAACACAUGAACACAACACAAGCAUGUUGAAACAAACACACACAAACAAACAAAAAAAAAACACAGUAGUUGGGAAGCUUUUGGGAGAAACUGGGCAAGCACAGAAAUGGACUAAAGCACAGGGUGUCAAAGAGACCCAAUUCUUCCGUUCCUUCUGUUUUCAGAAGUUAAAAACACCAUGCCAUCUCGACGUCCAUGAAUGUUAGUUAUGCAUGGAUCAAAGCUUUUUUUGUUUGGAAAGAGAAAAUUCGUCGUUUGUCGGUUUCUUUGCACAGUUAACCAAAGGUAAAUGUGUAGAGCGGGCUCUCAGCAGGGUCCAGCGUAUAGGGAUGGGUGAACACUGGGCUUCGACCUGCUGUUAGAGCUCCCACAGCCAUAGCAGGCCACAGCUGACCAUAUUCAAUGUACAAAGCAAUAAAUCCAUGGUGACGGUCGUCAGUUCAACCAACUCCAACUUUAAGGAAAAAGAUCUCUAUAUAUACACGUGUAUGUAACACAUAAGCACAUUUAUCUGUAGUAACUUUUUUGGUUCACGUUGUGUUUUUUGUGAUGACAAUUAUUUAAAAAAUAAAAAAGAGAGAGAAAAGAUCAACUAUACUUCUUGUUAAAAUAUGUAUAAAUAUAUAUAUAUAUAUAUAUAUAUAUAUAUAUAUAUAUAUAUAUAUAUAUAUAUAUAUAUAUAUAUAUAUAUAUAUAUAUAUAAAUAGAUUUAGCAAGAGUCCAGUGCACAUCUCCUAGACGUAAGGAGCAUUCGCACUGGGCCCACUCACCAGAAGAGAAUGAUUCUUAAGUGCCACCUGCGCCCGGUUCCCUGGUGAACGCCUUCACCGCGGUUCCGGCGUCAGCAGGUGGCCACACCUCUGUAGUCGUCCUGUAUGGUUGCCAGUGCCAGUUGCUUUUUUUGAGAGUAUGUUGUUGUGAGAUAUGUUUUUUAUGUUUUAACCCCCCAUCCCCCUCCACAUCCACAAACACACAAACACAAACACACAAACACAGACCCAAAGCCCUCUUUUUGACGUCUCCCUCUUGUUUCCGGUCUGUGUUCUGUCAGUGGCUUGAGAACUGCCCCCCCUUGUCCUGAAACCCACCCGCCCCACCCGUCACCCCCUCCCCAUUUAGUCUCCUCUCGCACACGACUACUGUCGCGCAAUAUUCAGUGGCGCAAAAAAAAUGGCUCAUUUUUAAAGGUAUUCAGACACUGACAGUUAUUAGCCAUGGCGUCAAAGGUACCAUAUUCCUGUUUCGUGCCUCAGAGUAAAGUUCAAAGUGUGAUUCUUUUGCUGUGUUUCCUGUAAAUGGAGAGGUUUGUUGAUGUCAAAAUGAAAUGCUCUAUAUAUCCUUUUUAUAUAAAAACCAAUGACAAAAUUUUA